AUGUCAACUACAGAAGAAGUUAGAGUGCCCUUUUUCAAGAAGAAAGGGAAGGGAAGGCCGACGACCUCGCGCAAGCGUUCACCGUCGCCAAACAGCGCCGCUACUGGCGCACCUUCAUCAUCAGCCUCGAAAUCUGAAGUUGUCUUACCAAACCGCAAGGGUGCUAAUAAUCUGCUCAGCGCUGGGACUAAACGAACUACCUCACAACGCGACGACGAUAUUGACGCGCCAGAACGGGACGGGCCUGACGUAAAAUGGAAGGCAGACGGCUCUCAUGUCAACGCAGCGUUAGAGAUACUGGCUGGUGACGAGGCGGAGGAGAUGCUUGCCAAGCGGAGGAAGAAAUCGGACUUGGACGAUGACGAAGAAGAAGGACCCGACGAUGGCCAGUAUCACGGACAGAAGGGUUAUCGUAGUCACCUGAAAAAGUCGAAGGAAGUACCGAAGGCAAUGCGAGUAGGCCCGCAAAGGAACACUAGCACUAUUCGUACGGUGACUAUCGUCGAUUAUCAACCGGAUGUCUGUAAGGACUAUAAAGAAACUGGAUAUUGUGGCUUCGGAGACACAUGUAAAUUCUUACAUGACAGAGGAACAUAUCUUCAAGGAUGGCAACUUGACAAGCUGGCCGAAAAUGCGACGAAAGAUGUAGGAGACGUGUCGGAGUCUGAUUCAGAUGAGGACAUUCCGUUUGCAUGCCUGAUUUGCCGAAAGCACUAUACUGAUCCAGUCGUCACUCGCUGUGGUCACUACUUUUGCUCGGCUUGUGCAAUCAAGCGAUUUGCGAAGACGCCCAGGUGCAUAGCCUGCGGCUCGCCAACCGGUGGCAUCUUCAACCGGGCCGACAAAAUUAUCGAAAAGGCUAGUAAGUCGCGCAAACAGAAGGAAGAAGAUGAGGAGACAGAAGACAACCCAACGGAUAAGGUGGAAAUCGAGGGUCUAGGCGCAGAAGAAGAAGCAAGUAAUCACUCCAAUGAUGACUCUGACUAA